AUGGGAAUUUCAGAGCAUCCUGUAAAGGAUACCUCUUUCUGGCUCACAAUGUUGGCCAUUAUGCUGGCUACAUUCCUGGCCGCUCUUGACACAAGUGCUGUCUCAACAGCACUUCCAACAAUCAUCAAUGACUUUGGUGGCGGCGAGUUUGUAUGGAUUGGAUCUGCAUACACGCUUGCAGGCACUUCAUUUCUUCCACUUUCUGGACAUUUAGCAAACAUUUUUGGGCGGAAAAUGGUACUGUUGAUGUCUCUCUUCCUUUUUUCACUGGGGAGUGCACUCAGUGGUGCUGCUCAAAAUUUGAAUAUGCUGAUUGGAGGUCGUACGGUUCAAGGCAUCGGGGCAGGUGGAAUCUUGUCUCUUACGGAGAUCAUUCUUGCAGAUCUGGUUCCCCUGAGGAAUCGUGGUGUGUAUCAAGGGAUGAUUGGCAUUGUAUGGUCUAUUGCAUCGGUCAUUGGUCCUGUUGUAGGUGGAUCUUUUGCUCAGAGGAAGGAUUGGACAUGGAGAGGGUUAUUCUAUUUGAAUUUACCGCUUACUGGGAUAUCAGCUUUGCUCUGCAUCUUCUUUCUCCAUCUUAAAGCACCAAAAUCCUCAAUCCCAGACAAGAUUGCAAAGAUUGAUUGGAUAGGUAAUAUUAUUAUUAUUGGCAGCUGCACCUCUUUUCUUCUGGGUCUAACCUGGGGCGGUGUUCAUUUUACCUGGUCUUCCGUGGCUGUUGUGGUCCCAAUUGUCCUUGGUGGUUUGGGAAUGAUUGCUUUCCUGAUAUAUGAAUCUCUGAUUCCUACUGAACCUAUGGUCCCUUGGGUAAUACUGAGUAAUCAAACAACAGUCAGCGGAUACCUUGGAACUGCAUUACAAGGAUUGGUGAUUUCUGCUGCACUUUUCUAUCUUCCAGUGUAUUUCCAGGCCUGUAAAGAUGCAUCCCCUUUGCAUAGUGGCAUAAACAUGCUACCAUACAGUUUUUCAAUUGCUCCAUUUGCAAUUGUUGCUGGUGCAACUGCAACAGCCAUGAACAUAUAUCAACCUCAGAAUAUCAUUGCGUGGUGUUUUGUGAUCAUUGGCAUGGGUCUUCAAACAACAUUGACUGAAAACAGUGCAGUGCAUGAAUGGGUCGGCUUUCAGAUAGUUGCGGGAAUUGGUUUUGGCCUUCUGUUCACUGCAACUACUUUCCCUAUUUUAGCUCCCUUACCGGUAGAACACAAUGCAAGUGCUCUAGCAUUUUUCAUUUUUGUUCGUUCACUAUUUCAGGCAUGGGGUGUCACAAUUGGUGCUGCAGUUCUGCAAAAUGAGUUGCAGUCCCAGCUUCCUUCCACAUUUUUGGCUAGCUUGGACCAAGGAGUGGAGCUUGCUUAUGCAAUAAUACCUCAAGUCCCCUUUCUUGAUCAGCCUUUGAAAGAUGAGGUCCGUUCUGCAUUUGCAAAGUCAUUGAUUGCACUAUGGCAGACAAUGACUGGGAUUGCUGGACUUGGACUACUUAGCAGUCUGAUUAUGAAGGCAUUGCCUCUUCAACAAACAACUGACGAGAAUUGGGGACUUCAUGAAACUGUUGAAGGGAAUAUUCAGAAGGAUUAG